AAUUUUCAAGUUUGUUCCAUACUCUCCUAUCUUUUCUGCGAUCUGAAAGAGAGAGAAAAAUACAAAAUCAAAAUGACAGAUAUUGCAGAGAGAGAAAGAUAGAAAACCUGAGUACUUACUACUUCAUGUGAACCUUCUAUGGUACUUCUAUGGUUUGAAAUAUGGAAGACAAUGAAGUGAUUAAAGGGGUAGAUGAAUUAUCUACACCUUCAUGUUUGGUAGUUGGUUUAGCAGUUAGUGAAAGUAGAAAAACCAAAUAUGUUGUUAGAUGGGCUUUGGAUAAAUUUGUUCCUGAAGGUAUGCUUCUCUUUAAAAUGUUCUUCAUCCGCCCUAAAAUCACCAGAAUUCCUACACCAAUGGGAUCUGUUCUGAUUUCUCAAGUGAGAGAGGAUGUGGUGAAUGCUUACAAGAAGGAAGUUGAAUGGCAAACUUAUGAAAAGCUUCUUCCUUUCAAGCACAUGUGUGAUAGGAGAAAGGUGGAUGUAGAAAUUGUGCAAAUUGAAUCUGAUGAUGUAGUAGAGGCAAUAAAACAUGAAAUUUUAAAAAAUAAUAUUAAUAAGCUUGUAAUUGGAGCUUCAUCCAAAGGCAUAUUCUCAAGGGGUAAGAAUUUGUCGUCGAAAAUCUCGGAAAGCAUUCCAAGCUUUUGUACUGUUUACGCUAUUUCGAAAGGGAAAUUAUCUUCACUUCGGGCUUCUGAUUCGGAAACCAUUGGAUCGAGUAAAGAUGACAACCAUAGUAGUGAUUCAAGUUCUGUUACAAAUUCUUCAAGUCUUGCAACAAGCUCUAGAACAGAGUGGACCGACCAAGGCUCGGCGACGUCAUACUCCCAGUUCUUUCCAAAUUCACUACCGACGCCAUGUUUUGAAACACCUUCGUUCAAAAACGGCACCCUUCACAAAGAAACAAGUUCUUCGGAAAGUUCUGGGAAUAAGUUUUUCGACGGUGGUGAAGGAGACGAAAGUCACGAAACAACCGUUUCUUAUGCCGGUAAUCCUGAUUAUUUUCGUGCAAAUAGUACGGUUUCGAGCAGCCGAAGCUUCUUGACUGAAAACCAAUCAUGGACAUCGGAUCAAGAUUGCAUAGCUUACGCGCCUUCAGAAAUUUCGUCAGAAAUUCAGGAUAAUAAUAUCAAUUUCGAGAUAGAAAAAUUAAGAGUUGAACUCAGGCACUUUCGCGGGAUGUAUGCACUUGCGCAAAACGAAACAUUUGAUGCGUCUAGAAGGCUGAGUGAUCUUCAAAAACAGCAACUAGAGGAAUCAAUCAGGCUCAAGGAUUUAAAACUAAAAGAAGAAGAAGCCAAAUCUUUAGCGCAAAAAGAAAUGGAGCAGCACGAGGCUGCUAAACGACAAGCCGAAUACGUAAAAGAAAAUCUGAGAAGAGAAGCUGCGAUAAGAAAAGGCGCGGAAGAGAAGGCGUUACAUGAAUCUAGAGAGAAACAAAAGCUACGAAACGCCAUAACCGGAGCUUCAUUGCACUAUCGGAAGUUCACGUGGGAAGAAAUCGUGGCUGCGUGCUCAUCGUUUUCCGACGAUCUUAAAAUAGGAACGGGAGGAAAUGGAACGGUUUAUAGAUCGAACUUUCAUCAUACGGUUGCUGCCGUCAAAGUUCUUCACUCUCAGGAAGCUCAUAGAACCAAACAGUUUCAACAAGAGCUUGAAGUAUUGAGCAAGAUACGGCAUCCGCAUUUGCUUAUUCUUAUCGGCGCGUGUGUGGAUCACGGCUGCUUAGUUUACGAGUACAUGGUAAACGGGAGCUUGGAAGAGAGACUGUUUCGCAAAAACAACACGCCACCGAUCCCGUGGUUCGAUCGAUUCCGUAUCACGUGGGAAGUAGCAUCAGCAUUAAUUUUUCUUCAUAACGCAAAGCCGAAAUCAAUCGUUCACCGUGACUUGAAGCCUGCUAAUAUCUUGCUUGAUCAAAAUAUGGUAAGCAAAAUCGGGGACGUUGGUCUUUCAACGAUGCUUCAGUCGGACGUUUCUUCUACUACCACCGUUUACAAAGACACGAGUCCAGCCGGAACCCUUUGUUACAUCGAUCCGGAGUAUCAACGGACCGGAUUAGUUUCUCCAAAGUCCGAUGUGUAUGCUCUUGGUAUAGUGAUUUUGCAGCUGCUGACUGCAAGACCAGCGAUUGCGGUGACACAUGUGGUGGAAACCGCGCUUGAAGAUGAUGAGUUAGCGAAUGUAUUAGAUCCGGAAGCGGGUGAAUGGCCAACUGAUGAAACCAAAGAGCUAGCCGUUUUGGCGUUGAGUUGUGCUGAGCUUAAACGAAAAGAUAGACCGGAUUUAAAAGAUACGGUUCUUCCUGUAUUGGAACGACUGAAAGCAGUUGCAGAUGCGGCUCAAAGAGCCGCAUCUGCAUCUAAGACUCAAAUCAGCAUUCCUAACCACUUUAGAUGCCCGAUACUUAAGGAAGUUAUGGGUGAUCCUUGUGUUGCGGCCGACGGCUACACCUAUGAACGCGUGGCGGUAGAGAAAUGGUUGGAGGAGAGUGAUUGCUCGCCGAUGACGAAUUUACCCUUGACUAGUAGGAGUUUAACGCCUAAUUACACGCUUCUUUCUGCAAUCUUGGAGUGGAAAUCUAGAACCUAAUAAUAGUUUUUUUUUUUUUUUUUUUUUUUUUUGGGAUUGUUUAGUGUACAUGUGUUUUGAUGUUUGAUUUAUCUAGAUGCUAUUUGGGUCUGACUGACAUGAACCUUGAGUAAGUUUGAAAAUUUUAUGAAAUUUAUAAGAAUUAUACCA